AUGCGGCGCCGGGCGCGCGGUCGGUUCCGUUUUCUCCUCGCGUUCUGCUGCGUGUGCCUUUCUUGUGCGCGUCCUUUCCUCUUCUCCUGCGGCUCGUCGUUCGCGGUCUCUCCGCCCGCGUCGUUUGCGCGACCGGUCUCCGCGCGCCCUGCGGCUUUUCCUCUGCCGGCAGGCGCUCGGCUGCGUCGUGCCGCGGGCGCGGAGGCGCCGCGCGCCGGCUGCCGCCCGCGGCAGCCGGCGCUUCAGGGCUCUCACCUGCAGGCUUGGCGCGCGGCGGAGAGAGAGCUCGAGGAGAAGAAAGGGCGAGGCGCUCGCGAGGGAUGGGCACGCUGGGCGCAGCUCCAGGAAGGCGAGAGGCGCCUCUGCGCAAGUCUGGAGGUCGCGGCGCGCGGCGACGACUUUCCUUUCCUCGCAGAUCUCCGCGCUCUCCGCGACGCCGCCGCGCGUCUGGUUCAGGCGCAGGCCCCUGCCUCUUCUCUCUCUCCUCUCGCUUCUUUCGCUCCCCCUUCUUCUCGCUCCUCCCCCGCUGCGCACUCUGCGUCUGCCGCGGCGCCAGAGGCAGCCUCCGCCUGCGCUGCCGCGGCCGCUGCGGAGGGCGCGGCGCUGCGGGGCGGACAGGGGAAGGCCGCUGCGUCGCUUCUGCCGAAGAAAGCUGUCGAGCUGUGCCGUGCGCUGAGUCUCUUAGAAGCGGAGACGCGGCGCCUGGGCGAGCUCGAGUGCGAGCGCCAGCGUGAGACGGAGCGACUCGCCGCGCGCGAGGCCGCAGCGGCGGCGCGGAGUGAAGGAGGCAGAGGCGCGGCGGGCGCAAACAAAGCGACGGUCGCAGCCGACUCGCCGCGCGGGGAUCGCGCGGAGGCAGACGACCUCGAAGAGCUUCUCCCCCUCCUGGAGCAGGAGCGCGACGAGGCGCAUCAGCGGCUGAAAGAAAUUCAAGACGAAAUCAAAGCCGUGCUGCUCGCACCGGAGGAAGAGAAGGAGCGGAAUGCGGCGAUCGUUGAAAUCCGACCUGCUGCAGGCGGCGAAGAGGCGCAGAUCUGGGCUGCAGAUCUCGCGGAGAUGUACACGCGCUUUUUCGCGCUGCAGCGGUCCUGGCGCUUCACGCAUCUGCAGCUGGCGAGCCCGAACGCGGGCGCGCGGUCGCCGUUUCAGAAGAAGGACGUUUCAACGAAGAAGCGGGCGAAUUCGGCGAAAGAAGAGGAUCCCAGCGGCGUCUCAGGCGCGUUGGGGGGCGUCACGUGCAUCGCUUUUCGCGUGGAAGGCCCGAAUGUGUAUAGACGCUUGCUCAAGGAGAGCGGCGUCCAUCGCGUGCAGCGUGUCCCUCGCACAGAGGCUCAGGGUCGCGUUCACACGUCGACAGCGACGGUCGCUGUCGUCGCGGAGCACGAUUUCGGAGGCGUCACGCUGAAUGAGCAGGACUUAGUCAUCAGAACAGCGCGAUCCUCGGGCUGCGGCGGGCAAAACGUCAACAAGGUGGAGACUGCAGUGGACUUGCUGCACACACCUACGGGGAUUCGCGUCUUUUGUCAGCAAGAGCGAACGCAGGCCGCGAACAAGAAGGCCGCAAAAGAGAUCCUUCUGAGGAAACUCGCAGCGCGUCACGAAGAAGAAGUGGCGCAGCAGAUGCGCGACGAACGCCGGGAGCAGGUCAGCCGCGGCCUGCGCAAUGAGCGCGUGCGGACUUACAACUUUAAAGACGGCAGAGUGAACGAGCACCGUCUCCCAAGCGGCGCAGGUCUCUUCUCCUUGAAGCAGAUCUUAGACGGGCAGCUGCAUGAGCUGCAUGCGCGACUCGACAGCCUCGAGGCCUCAGACAACCUGAAAAAGCUGGUCGUGGCGGUAAAAAGCGCCCAACAACGCGCCGAGAACGACGCGGCGGAGAGGGCGAAAAGCGAAAAGACUCGAAAAAUGCGCCGUUUCAAUACGCCCGAGCCGCACAAAGAGGAAUCUAGUCGCGCGGCGUGA